AUGGCCGCUCACCGCCCGCCGCCGGGCACGGACACGGGCACGGACACGGGCACGGACACGGGCACGGACACGGACAUGGACAUGCCUCCCGCGACCGCGCUGCCUCCCGCGGCCGGCUGUCCGCGCUCCGCCCCCGCGGGCCCGUCCUGGCCCGCUCCGCCCCCGGCACACCCCCGGCGCGGCGCGGUCCUGCCGCGGGCGAGGCGGGGACGGGAUCCCGCGGCCGCCGGUCCCGAGCAGGCAGCGACCGCAGUCUGCCGGCCGGGAGGCCCGCACGCCUCGCAGCCCCCCGCCCCCCGCCGCACGCCUCCCUGUCCCAGCACGGGAGCACCAUCCCCAGAAGCGAAACUAUCCCGCUGCGUGUCCCGGCCGCGGUGCAGGCUUCCUGGCACCACCACCCCACUCCUCCCCGCCUUUGGGAGACCCUCCCCGUUCCCUUCCCCGAGUGAAACACAGGGGCAUCCCUCAGCCACAUCCAGAUUAUCCCAGCAAGUCACAUAA